AUGCCAGCUAAGACGCUGACCGAGCCAGCUCCGUUACCAUUCAGCUACAUCGCGAAGAUCGUCAGUCUCGGUGAUUCAGCUUGCGGAAAGUCGUCUUUGACCGUUCGCCUGUGCGAGGGUCGGUUCUCGAAUACACAUGAUGUCACGAUAGGAGUCGAAUUUGGGUCUCGCAUCGUGCCGGUGGGACCGCCUGCUAGCCAGGCUCUUGAGACUGGCGAUGUCGCCACAGCGGCCUCCCUAGACGAUGGAAAGCAGAAGAAGAUGAAGCUGUCCGUCUGGGACACUGCCGGCCAGGAAACAUACAAGUCAAUAACGCGAAGCUAUUUCCGCGGCGCAUCCGGAGCAUUACUAGUCUUCGAUAUCACCAGGAGAAAGACCUUCGAGUCAGUGACAUCGUGGCUGAAUGAUCUCCGGCAGAUCGCCGAAGAGGGCGUUGUGGUGGUGCUCGUUGGCAACAAGGUUGAUCUGGCAAGCCAGAGUACAGAUGCCCAGGGUGGCAACAAGCGGGAAGUCACCAAAGAAGAAGCAGAAGAAUGGUGUCGAAGAGAAAACGUGUUCCGAUACGUCGAAACUAGCGCUAAGAGCGGCGAAGGAGUCGAGCGAGCCUUCCUCGAGGUUGCUGAGAGGAUAUAUCAGAACAUCGAGGCAGGGAAAUAUGAUCUCAACGAUCGACGAAGCGGCGUCAAAAGUGCUACAGGCGCUCGAGACGGUCGCCGCACGCAGACCGUCAACCUAGGUGUCGGAAAUGCUGGUGGCGAACAGAAGAGCGGUUGCUGUUGA